AUGCUCUCCCGUCUAAGCGCCGUAUGGCGUCCCUCACGUGUGGCACUGCGGAUUCAACGCGUUGACUUCACCACAUGCGGCAAUCGCCUCAACCGCAGCACUCAACCAAAUGAACCGCCGCUGGUGAGUGGCAUUGCGGCCCGCUCCCGCACUGCAAAGGCGGAACCGGUGGAGAAACGCGGGCGAGCGGCCAUUAAAAUCGACUCCCCACCACCGCCACUUGAGCCGCCGCGGAUUUCUGAGGAACACAUGACGAGGCGACGGAAAGUCGGAGGUGGAAAAACAAAAGCUGCUGCCGUAACCAAAUCGAAGCAGCGGCGAAGUGGUCGAACCGUGGGAGCGAGUGCGUUUAACACUGCAAGAAGAGCCAAUGGUAUAGAAGGAAGUGCUCCGGGAAAAGGAGGUGCUUCUGACGUUGCCAUAGAUGAUGAUGACGAUGAGAAACUUGUGGAUGAGGAAAGUAAGCAACUGAUGCAGCUGUUGAAGGAGGAAGCUCUGCGGCGCGAGGAGGAGAAAAAGAAGCGCCUCCGAGCAAAAGCAGCCGCUGAACCUACUGAAGUAACGGAUGAUAAAGAAUAUCUCUCGAAGUUAGGGGUUGCUGAACGCACACAACCGGUGGGUACUGAGGCGAAGAUAUCGGCUCAGGGAAAAGCAGAGGGGGCUAGCGAGGGACAAACCCACUUCAGUGAUGCUGACGCUGAUAGCCAACUUCCCAUUUUAACAUCACUCAGUCCAGAGCAACAGCGCGCACUAAGGCUUGCAUUAAAGGGGCGCAACUUAUUCAUAACGGGUGGGGCAGGCUCUGGAAAGUCACUUCUCAUCCGCGAGAUCGUUUACCAACUUCGGCACAACAAACGCCGCUGCGUAUAUGUGACGGCAACUACUGGAGUAGCCGCUCUCAAUGUUCGCGGCUCAACUGUGAAUAGUUUUGCCGGCGUGAAGUUUGGAGAUGGGGAUGCGCGUCAGUUAUUAAAGUGGGUUCGCCGCAGUAGGCGUGCGGCUGGUCGAUGGCGUUACUGCCAAACACUCAUCAUCGACGAGAUUUCAAUGAUGGAUCCCCUGCUACUUGAUAAGUUAGAUGUGAUUGCACGCGCUAUACGCCGUCGUAAUGAACCAUUCGGUGGUAUUCAGGUAAUUCUAUGUGGGGACUUCCUGCAGUUACCGCCUAUUCCACCGCGCAAUAAGCCACAACAAAAGACGGAGGAAAAUGCCGAAGCGCAAGAAGGUGGUGAUCCAACUGAUGGGACACCGGCGCCGUCCAAACUACAGUACUGCUUUGAGACGAGUACAUGGACCUCGUUGAAUCUAAUAACCGUCAUUCUUCAUAAGAAAUUCAGGCAGCACGAUGAUUUGGCGUUUCAGCAGGUCCUUGACGAGCUUCGAGUCGGAUCACUGUCACCUGAGUCAUACGAACUAUUGUUAUCUCGUACUGUUGCUUCGAAAUCCAGCGCGAAGUCACGCAAAAAGAAGGAUGAGGAUGCCGGAAAUGAUGGUGUGCUACCACUUACCGACGCAGAGACAACGCCAGCAGCGGCAGAGAAAGAUCGGCACGUGCGACUCUGCGCAACAAACAAGGAGGUGGAAAUGCGUAAUGCAAAGUAUUUUGCCGCGCUCGAACCCAAGGGCCUUCCAAUUUAUCCAUCACCAAACGACGGUUCCUCACAACAGACUGGCAGCAGUAAUGGUGCUAAUUCUGUGACGGAGGAAGACACAAUGCGUCCCCUUCAAGUGUACCGAGCUUAUGAUGCCUACAGCACUCAUGAAACUGAACCUGAAACGACUGAAGAGACAACUACAGGUACACAACCAUCGCAACCUUGGGUACGGUUUGAGGACAGCACACUUCCAACAGAUCUUGCACUAAAGGUUGGUACGCGAGUGAUGGUACUUCAGAACAUUUCGCUUCGACUUGGUCUAGUCAAUGGGUCCGUUGGUGAGGUGGUCGGUUUUCUCCAUCCGCUUGAGCUUGUUGAACUUGUUCUUCGGGCUCCGCGUGAACGCCAUUUCCCCUCGGCCCGUGGACAAGAAUUGUUGGAGCGCGCAGGGUUGCCUACAUUACAAGAUGCGUUCCGCUGUGUCGACACCGCCCUUGGUCAGUCUCUUUUCUAUUACCUGCGUGAGCGUGGUAUUCGCCGCCCUGAAGACGCAAGUUAUGGCUGCGUAUAUGGAAACACACAUUGCCGAGACAUCUUGCGUCUUGUUGGUCUUGGCAAAACUGAGUCUGCGAAUGCCGUGCAUCCCCUAGAGAUGUAUUUGGGAGGCAUUGCACCGCAACACGUUCGUCUCACGCGCUUACCUAUUGUUAGGUUGGACCUACGGGAGGGAAACCACACAUCCUCCGACAGUGGUGCGGUUGAAGAUGGCGGGUUCGCAAAUGGUAGUAAACGUCUCCCAAAGCAUGUCUACGCCUUCAUAUCACCCAGUUCGCAUCAGUGGUACAUGGGGGAUCAACCCGUUGCCACGCGUACACAACUUCCCCUGCGCCAAGCAUGGGCAAUGACGGUUCACAAGGCGCAAGGUUUGACAAUUUCGCACGUGGAAGUGGCAAUCCAUCGCUUCUUUUCUCCUGGUCAGGCGUAUGUGGCUCUUAGUCGUAGCACACGGCUGGAUAAUAUCCGAUUGUUGGACUUCAACAAUGCCUCCGUCCAUGCGUGUCCAAGAGCGAAGGAGUUUUACACGGUUCUAGAAGAGGAGGAACUGGAUAAUGAGAUUGAGGAUGAUGGAACAGAGGGUGAUGAAGAGGCACUAGAGGGUGAUGGGGAGUAUGAAGGGGAAGUGGAAGAAUAA